GACAAUUUGUUAGUAGUAGCGGCAGCGGAGGCAUCGCCGUCGACACUUGCAUUACCGACACCACCACCACCACCACCGCAACAACAGCCACUACCACCAGCAGCAACAAUGGAAUUCGCCAUCGCACCACCCACGCCGAUGAUCACCACUACUACCGACGACCACAAUACGCUGGAUAUGGAUAAUUCUAUGUUUAUUCAAAGUGCCAGAAGGAGAGAAGAAAACAUAAACGAUCGACUGUACGACUACGCACAGAUCGUUGUACCGAGCAUAGCUAUUCCCCAAACCGAGAUACUUCGAGUCUGCAAAUCCAGCAAUUCGGGUUCUUCGAACACUAUGCCUAUGCAAUUUUGCAUAAUAGAGUACGACACCGUAACCAUAGACGUUCAAUAUUAUACGUUUUCUAAUGGUGGCAAACCCGUACCGGAAAACGUUUCACCGCAACAACCAAAUUUGGUGUAUUCUAAUAAAAAAAUGCUCUGUCGGCUGAAAGAAGAGAAUAUCCCGUCUUUCAUUAUGAGCGCGUACUGGAGACGAUCUAGCUCGGGGCGAGGAACUGGCAAAUGUGUGAUGCCGCUCAAAAGUAAUUUGCCGCAGGAAAUGCAUCAAAAAGCGAUCGACGUUAUGGAUUUUACGCUCAAUAUUCUAAAAUUUGAGGAUAGCACGCGCCAAAAAGUUUCACCCUCUGAUUUUUUCUAUUACGGUCAUUCUUUAUAUAUAUUUUAUAGAUCCACGAGCGCCGUUUUCGGAGUAUGCGGUCAUCAAUACAGACCCGACAAAAUAACGUUUAUGUUGUGCGCAGCACUGUCCAGUCACAACGACAAUUACCUCGUACCAUGCGGGAAAGUUACCUUUACUAACUCCACGAAACACAAAUUAGUAUUAUUUUAUUUAAUAUAUUUCAUCUAUCGAAUGAGAGUGAUCGCGAUUUUUACUGUGAAGGGGCACCCUGUUGCAGAACCAGAGUUAAUCCCGCGAACCCCCUGAUAAACU